CUCCAUCGACGACUACAAGUACCCCUUCCAAUUAUCAUGGCCGAGCGCAAAGUAAUCUCCAAAUACUAUGCACCCGACUUCGACCCCUCUAAGCUCCGCCCCUCACGCAAAUCCAACAAACCUGCCGCCUUACCUACCAUCACCGUAAUGGCACCCUUCUCCAUGCGCUGCACCUCCUGCUCAACCUACAUCUACAAAGGCCGUAAAUUCAACGCCAGAAAAGAGAAGCUUGAGGAGACCUACCUCGGCAUCCCGAUCAUCCGACUCUACAUCCGAUGCACGGAAUGCUCGAGCGAGAUUUGCUUCAAGACUGAUCCGAACAAUACUGGAUAUGUUUGCGAGAAAGGGGCUGUGAGGAACUACGACCCCUGGAGAAUGAUGGGGAGGGAAGAUGUCCAGGAGAGCACAGAUGUCAUGGCAGCAGUGGAGAACAAAAUGGUGGAUGCCAAGACCGAGAUGGCGAUUGCGGAUGCUCUGGACGAAAUCAGGACCAGGAAUGCCAGGCGCGCGAUGGCCGCUAGCCGUUUGCCCGCCUUCUCAGCAAACAUCAAAGUCGACGAUCAAUACCAAGCAUCUUUCGAAGACGACCACGCCGCCAGCAAAGCCUUCAACUCUUCAAACGAACGCAUGCACCGACUUUCCAACGACACAUCCGAUGCCGGAGACAACGCUGUUUCUUCCAAGUCUGUUACGACCUUUCGACGAUCAAAGCGACAGAAAAAGGACCACAGCGCUGCUCUCGGUAUCAAGCGAAAGCUCGUCUAAUGUUCUUCCAGUUGACCAAGGUAAGGUAAGCAAGCACUUACGAGAAGUUGGAUCAGGUUACCACACGCUAAUCAAGCUAUCCGUCAUCAUGCACGGGUAUAGGUGAACCGGGACUGGUAGCUAGGGUUCUGAUUGUAGCUGCAACAAGGAGUCAUCGUUUUAUUGCUACCAACUCUAUAUUUUCGGGUCCUUUUCGUCAUCGCUGUGAUAUGUGUCUGAUCGAAAAAGCUUACUGCCUCUUGACAGGCAUGUCUACUAAGGGAUCACGCUAAUUUGAUGAAAGAGUAACGCGAGAUUUCUACUGGCAAGGACUUGAAGGUAUGAAGGUGAUGUGAAACAGGAUGAGACACCAGCGGGCAUCGAGGAAUUGAACCUAUGCUCCCGAGAUAGUAACCUAGAGAUUCAUCCAAAACACAUAUGAGAAUGACUUUCGCG